AUGGGAAUGGGAUUUAUUGGAGUUACUUUGUAAUCAUAAUCUUGCUAUUAUAAGUUUGAUCUCAAAGAAUUUUCCUAAUAUUAAUGGGUAUAAAUUGGCAUAGCAAGUAAUGGAUUAGGAAUCAUACCUGAACCAGAUAGCGUAAAUCAAACUGAUCCGGUAAAUUUAAUGUACAAGUUUCAUUCAAAUAUUAUUGCCAAUUUUACCUGCUAGACAUAAUAUGAAGCCGAACCCUUUUCAUUAUAAUUAAUUGAUGUAAUAGUGGGCUAGUCAUUGUAACCAAUCUAUAUUGAGAAUGUCAAACUCAAAGGUUUAGUCUGUUUAGAUCUUACUGAUGAAUUGAUGUUUUCUAGCAACUAAAACUAUAUUCCACAUUUUAUUGGAUUAGAUUUUAAUGGGAGAUAAAUUUUCAUAGCUAAUCCUAAAGUUUAUGAUUUAGGUACUUACUAAUUAAACAUUUCCCAUGAAAUCAAUAACGGCCAGAUAUUCUAGCAAUCUAUUACUAUAAAAGUUAAGCAAUAGAGUUAAUGUGCAAUCACAAAUGUCACUAUAUUUGGUGCAUCAUCAACACUUAAUUAUUUUGCUGGAGAUGAGCUAAUAAUAUUUGAUGUAAACUUUAAAUUUAAUUCAACUAUUUUGUGCUAAUAUUAAUCAACUUUUGAAUCGCCUGACAUUUCCAAAAAUAUGCUAUUGAGUUAUAUAACUAAAAUGGAUGAUAAUGGUACAUAGUACAGAUUAGCAUCAGAUUCCUCAAUUAUACUAUCAUUCGAUUUGAUCAUAAGAUGCUGA